AUGGCCAGCCUUCGUUCUAAGCCUACGUCAAAAGCCCAUGGCCCAGCUCUCGUUCUAAGCCUACGUCAAAGCCCCUCGGCCCAGCCUCUCGUUCUAAGCCUACGUCAAAAGCCCAUGGCCCAGCCUCUCGUUCUAAGCCUACGUCAAAAAGCCUCUCGUUCUAAGCCUACGUCAAAAGCCCCUUGGCCCAAGAGAGAGUGCGCUGCUUAUGAGCCCUUCCGGUGUCCUGGAGGCCACGUGUGCAUCUCAAUCCAGUACCUUUGCGACGGCGCCCCCGACUGCCCCGAUGGCUACGAUGAGAACCUCCAGCUGUGUACUGCAGCCAAGCGACCACCUGUGGAGGAGACCGCAUCCUUCCUCCAGUCCCUGCUCGCCUCCCACGGCCCCAACUACCUGGAGAAGCUCUUCGGUACAAAGGCACGCAAUGCCCUGAAGCCCCUUGGUGGCGUGCAGCAGGUGGCUGUGGCUCUUUCAGAGUCCCAGACCAUCGAUGAGUUCGGCCGCUCUCUGAACCUGAUGAAGAGCGACGUGGAGCACCUGCGUUCUGUGUUCAUGGCUGUGGAGAACGGAGACAUCGGCAUGCUUAAGUCCUUGGGCAUUAAGGACUCAGAGCUCGGAGAUGUCAAGUUCUUCCUGGAAAAGCUUGUCAACACUGGAUUCUUGGACUGAGAAGGGACGCUGACGAAAGAGAAAACGACCAAGAGGAAGAGAGAAAGCGAGAAGAGGAAGGAUUUUCAGUUCUUUAAAAAAAAAAAAAGAGGGAUGAAAAAGUGAAUGUAAAAAUGUUGAUGACUAAAUGAAAACAAGAAAUAUGAAAGGGGAUGAAAGUGGAGAUGGUAAAUGCAGAUCAGAAGGAUUAGGAUGAAAUAUUUUCAGAUCUUGGAUCUAUGGACAUGGCCCUUUGCUGUAUGACUGUUGUCAGUGUGAUCAAAGUUUACAAUAAGAGCUCAUGAGGCAGAACUCUGGACCAAUUGGUGUCUGUAAUCUCAUAUUACUUAUGACCGAUAAUAAAGCUGAUAUAAGUAAGAUUGUUAGAACAUAUAUGCAAAAUACUAGUUCUGAUUGUGAGAUACAUACAUAUAUAUAUAUAAAAUACCAUAAUUAACUCCACACUGAUUCAAGAUAUCCUGAAGUAUUAUAUAAACAAUGACAUUUAAGAAAGUAGAGUAGUCAUUUAAAAGCAUUAAAACCUGGUCACUUUUAAGUCAGAUACAGAGCGUAAUUCAGUAGAAUUUAAUGUUAUUAUUUAAAUUAUGUAUGAUAGACAAAAAUACAAAUACACUUAAUUAAGGUUAAGUUAAUGUAUAGCACAUUAUGCUUUAUCUAAUAAUAUAAUUAUUAAAAAUAUUUUUGUGAAUAUAUUGUAAGCAUUUAUUCUGUUAUUACCCACUGUAUUUUAGUGUACGGAUUUCUCUAAAUAUUUUCUGUGAUAUCUUUUUAUUUGAGGGAAUACACAAAUUUUCUUUUUAGAUGUAUGUUUAUACAUCAGUCAUAUCUUUAUGUGCAUCCUCUCUUGUUUUCUAUAUGCAAAUCCUUUUGACUUCUGUGUAACAAUCAGUAAUUUAUACAACCAUUGUUGUGUGGACAGAAAAAAUAAAUUGCUUAAAAAUUCUUUGUACACAUAAAGUCUAAGCCGAAAAUUGUUCUGCAUUCAAAAAUAAACUUCUAGAAAUGUUGCAAUCCAAUGUUGUUUUUCUGGUCAAAGUUAUACAGUAAUGCUGAAUUUUAUCUGAAACAGUUUAUAUCACUUAGCCAUGUGAUUCUCCAUUACUCAGUAAACUCUGUUAUUCAAAUUUCACUCAAAACAUCAAUAAACUUUGUAUAUGUGUAAUGUACUGUUCUGGAAGGUAACUGAUUCACUUGUAAAUUAAUCUGAAUUAUACCCAUUUUUUCUGAUUAAAUUAACUUCCUCUUAGAUUGGAAUUUUGUUUUAUUUAAAACUGGGAAGAUGGUGUGUCCUGUUAUUGCCUUGGUAGCAGCCCGAUACUCAACCAUACCAACAACCAGUUACCAACCAUGACCAUAUUCUAGGACCCACCCUCUUUUCAUACCGUGAACAUACAUUUUUAUCUCUCUUUGGUACUUGCCUUUCAGAUUUUUUCUUUCUUUCUUUUUUACACACAAAGCUAUUACAUUUUCAACAGCAUGAUAAUGUAUGUUUGAUUUCCCUUUAAAUUAACUUCAUGUAUACAAAAAGACAAAAAUUGGUUUUAAAAGAAUAUGAUUCUAUAUAAUUAAUGGAAAUCACAGUUUAUCUGUAAUUCAAAUGAACAUGAUUAAGCUAAGACUUCAAGUAUGUGUACUUGUAUUUGAAUUUUUCCCCAUGUUAGAAAAUGUCUCUCCAAAAGGAACACACACGAUGGUUGUUGUUUAAAUCUAGAAAAAAUAUGAUCUACCUAUUCCUCACAUGUGAUAUGUUUUGUCAGAUAUUAUAUGCAUGCAUGGUUCUCUGCUUUUGACUAAAUGUACAGAUGCACAAAAUGUAAUGUUCGAUGGCCGUGAUUCUUUAGUGUAGCGGGCAAUAAUAUCACGUGUUUCUUUCUUUCUUCCUUAAAGAGUUUGCCUCACGCCCUGCUGGUUUUGUUUUUUUAGUGAUAAAGGAAAAUGUGGUAAAUUUAUCCCAUCCACUCUUUAUUAGGUGAAGAAACAGACUUCAGUUUUUAUUUCAACUUUUGUUCUCUUUUGCUCUCACUCUUAUCCUGUAUUUUUUUUUUUUUUUUUUUUUAGGCUGGAGGACUGUAGUCAGGUGCAAUAAAAAAGGCAAUUUUUUUUAAUGUGAAGAAAACGAAAUAGGAAAAAAUAAUGUUUCAGCUUACGUGGAUGCAGUGUGAAAGUAUGAUCCAAUAAACAAAAAUCUGUAUUAUAUUGUUGCUCUCACCAAUUUUACUUCUUCAAAAAGUCACAAGCAGAACGGUCUCCAUCACAGAUACAAUACAAUAUUCCAUUCCUAGCUGAAUAUCAUCUAAAAAUCUCUUACAAUUUCAUGAAUAACAUUACAGAGAUAUGCAAGAACAAAUCUGUACACUUUGAAUGAUAAGCAAAAGGUCUGCUACUUCUGCUUCUGUUAAUGAAUCUGUUAUCCAUACUGUUUGGAAUAUUGAGCUGUUAAUUUUGAAUCUAAUAACCAGUGAACUUUCUAUCAUAGAGAUUAGAAGUAUGAUGAACCACUGCAUUGUUUUAUCAUACCAAAUGAUUACAUACAUAAUAUCAAAAAUUGUGAAAACAGCUGUUGGUGAAGAAUUUCAGUAUAAUCAUUUUAUCAUGACCUGACCUUCUUUGUAAAGCACAGUGUUUCCUUUCAGCUAAAAUAAAAUUAUAAUAUUUCUA